UGAUUUGGUAGUAAACCACCCCACGAAAGGCGGCCGAGGACUUUGACCAAUCCGAGUGCGACUUGCCGAUAAUAUUAUUAAUAAUAAUCAUAUUCCCCUUCAUCAUCAUCAUCAUCAUCAUCAACAAUCCUUUUGAUAACAGACGUGGGACGUAAUCAAUAUGGAUAUAUAUUCUGGAAAGAGAUCUGUUGGCUUGAAUGCUGCCCCUAAAAAGAAAUCAAGUUCUGCUGCACGAAAGAUUGCUAGUUCUCGAGAUGAAGAAGUUGUUCAAUACUGCAAUAGAAUUGGAUGCAGUGGCAGACUUAACCACGCAAAUCAUCCUCAAAAAGUCACCAAGGUGAAAGAAAACGAGCUUAGUCGUGCCAAACUUAAGUCAAAAGCUCGAGAUGGUCAAAGUCAAACCGAGUCAAACAGAGGUGUGUUGAUUUCUAAACCAGUUAGGAGGGAAGAUGAAGUGGAGUCAUCGUCUAAUACAAGGGUAAGGAAAGUUUAUGGUCAAAGACCUGGUCUUGCAAACCAAGAUGGUCAAAGUGGGUCGUUUGACCGUGGAAGGAGGAGUAAUAUAGUCAAAAAGAGGUCAAACGAAGGGGAAACGAGCUCAUCUGCUAGAGGAAGGGGUGGUAGUUCUUCAGUAAGGACUCGAAGGCCUGCCGAUGCUCACGGGAAUAAUCCAUCUCCAAUUCAAUCUACUCAUGUGCUUACCGAUAAUGUGGAUUCUAUUGCAAAUGUAUUACUUGCACUUGAGAGGAUUGAUCAAGAAGAAGGGUUAUCAUUUGAGCAAUUUUUGGGAAAUUCAUUUCUUGGUGGUUUCAGUUUCUAUGAUCAAUAUAGGGGCAUGAGACUCGACAUCGAUAACAUGUCCUAUGAGGAACUACUAGCUCUAGAGGAUGAAAUCGGUGUAGUGAGCACUGCAUUAUCCGAAGAGGAGUUAUCAAAAUGCGUUAAUAUCAGUGUAUACAAAUCAUUGCAUGUAAAGGAUUGUAGAAUGAGAGGCAAUUGGUGUUUGGAUGACACAAAAUGCAGUAUUUGUCAGGAAGAAUUUAUACCAGGAGAUGAGCUAGGAAGCAUGGGAUGUAACCAUGGCUACCAUGCUGCGUGCAUUUACCAGUGGCUGCGGUUAAAGAACUGGUGCCCCGUUUGCAAGGCAUCGGCUCAACCAUAAGACUCGUCACAAAUUUGUAUAAUACGGGUGCACGUUCUACUUCGACUGUACAAAAUCGUCCUUUUCUUUUACUUGUACAUACAUACAUAUAUGGUUUGAAAAGACUAUAAUCCUGGAUUAAUGUUUUAUUUAUGGAUAUUUUUAUUGUUACAAUUACAUAUUUGCAUCACAAUGCUCUA